AUGGAAGGACUUACGGAAGAUGAGAAAAGGGCACUGCGAGGAAGCAAAUUUGCUCCUCUUCCAUCUGCAUCCGCUCCUACCCGAUCCCUACCGAGGUUAGCUCACCCUGGGGGGCCGGUGAAGACUAAUAAGGCGGCGGCAUUGGCGAAAUUUCUUGAGCGGAAGCUUCAGGAUCCAAACGGGUUGGCCUCUGUCGACCCAAAGCUUGUUGAAUUGGCUGUGAAAAAUGCCAAACAAACUGUUCAAUCCAGUGGGGCCUCAACUUCAGGAAGGAUAGUUCAUCAUGUUAAUUGUUUUAGCGACUCUAAGGAUGCCAUUGAAGAGGAGGAGGUAAAGACCUCUUUGUCAAAGAAACACAAGAAGAAGAAGAAAAAGAAGAAAAAGAAGGAAAAUAUUAGAAACAAUAAACAGAAGGACUUUGGUCGUGAUACAUCAAAAAGACCUAACAAGAAGCUGAAAUUAUGA